CUUAGCUUACACUGUGAAAGUAUAACUAUGAAGAAAGUUAGGAAAGACAAAGAUAAGACUGAGAGGCAUCUUAAAAGACUAAAGGAGAUAAAGCGACUAAAACGAAAACAAUGGAUGGCCAGGAAGAAAACAAAAGAACGUGCUGCAAAUAAGCAGGGAAAAAAAGACAAGCUUUUAAAAGAAUAUAGCACGGAAAUAGCUGAAUUGCAGGCAAAAGCUCGCAUAACAAAAGUGAAUGCCUCUACUCAGGCACAUUCUGUUUCACGAGCACAGUCCAUUUCUACUCGACCUUCGAAUUUCCGUGGUCGUCAAAUGGUCGAUGCAGCGCUUCAAAGAGUUCGCGAAGAACGCCAGACAGAUAGAGUUAUUCCUCUAAUCCAAAGUCGAAAUGAAAACAAGCRAGCAAAUCAAAAAGCCGAACUAAAAGAACUAGAUCCUGCUCUCAUUACAAUCACUGAGGAGGCAAGACCGCUUGGUCAAGGCACAUAUGGCCGUUGUUUUCUGGCAAAAUAUCGCGGCCUURUUGUAGCAGUGAAAGAGUAUUUAGAUAAURAUGGUCAAAAGAAACUGCCAGAGUUACAGAAAGCAGCAAGGCACGAAGCUCAUAUGAUACAGAACCUKGGAGAUCACAAGGGCCUUCCUUUUUUAUUUGGCGUGUGUAUAAAACAAAAGCCUAUAAAGAUUGUCCUUUUAUACCACGGAGAACAAAACACCAAUGUUACGCUUUAUGACGCUACGAGGGCGAAUCCUCCGCUGGACAUCAAAACCUGGUACGAGAUUUUUGGUAUGGUUGCUGAUGCCUUACAGCAUGUACAUCAACGGGGCAUUAUACACAACGACCUUAAAUCAAAUAAUGUUGURCUGGAAAAGUUCAGUGAUACAAGUUACAAUCCGGUCAUAAUUGAUUUUGGAUGCAGCGUAGAAGUUAGUCUCGCGAGGCGACGAUCGCCUAGACUGAACUAUAGAGACCAUUAUAUUGCUCCAGAGGUAAUGAAAGGUUCAGCGCCGCCUAGUGUAAGCAGUGAUGUGUACUCCUUUGGGAAAAUGGUGACUUUUGUUUCAGAACGUCGUAAGCUUCAAGUACCGCAAUUAGUAUACGAGUGCUUAUCGGACAAUUCAAAUAAGCGACCAUCAUUAUUAGACGUUAAGGCCAGUUUUAUGAUAUAGUUUGCUUGUUUCCAUUCAUGAUAUAUAAUCAUUCUGUACUUUAUUACACUGUUGUAGGUAAUGGCUUGAAUCGUGCUAUAAAUGUUUUUUUCUUCAA